AGACAGCUGAAAAUGGGUCAUUAGUGAGCACCUUGUGUGCGUGGACGUGGCCGGCUGGAUCAAGGUUGGCAGCAUGGCGAUGAACUUGUCUAGCGUGUCCCAGCUCCUUGAAGAUAUGGAGAACUGGGACAAGGACAAACGGUUCAUGGCUGCAUCAGACCUGACGCAAGAAGUCACCAUGUCCAACCAGGUGCUAGAUGUUCACUUGCAGAAAAGAGUAUGCCAAGCCUUCGUCAAGCAAUUGGAGGAUCAAAGUAUUGAUGUCCAGGGCAAUGCAGUGAAGUGCUUGGCAAAAAUUGUGUGCAAGUUCCAAGAGCAACAGAUUGGCGAGGUUCUAGCAAAGCUUAGCCAACAAGUUCUUGAUGGAAAGGCUGAGGUUCGAGACAUUUAUGCCACCUGCCUCAAGGGUCUCCUGUCCGAAUUGCCAGCCUCAUGCAGCGCACUGGCUUGCCAGAACGUGUUGCCCAAGAUGCUGCAUGGCAUCACAUCCAUCCCAUCAUUAGAGGUCAAAGAGGAAUGCACCGAUGUGUUCCAUGACUUUCUGAAACGUUUCGGCGACAACCGAAUCAUGCAGUGGUCGGAUCAGGAUAACAUGGCGACUUCGUUGCUAAACCUGUUGAAGCCCAAGCAGCACAAGACCUCCCUUCGCAAGAAGGUGAUCGCUUGUAUUGGAGCUCUAUCCGCCGUGUUGGCAGACCGGCAGCUUGACACUCUGAUGAGGACACUGCUGGGAGAUGUGCGAUCAGCAGGUACCAAGACAGACAAGCAGAAGUACAUUCAGUGCAUCAGCACAGUCAGUCGACAUGUUGGCUUCAGAAUCGGCCAGCACUUGAAAGAGAUUGCGCCGUUGUUUUUGCAAAUUGUCAACCAGGCAACUCAGGAGGAUGUCUCCAUGGAUGGUGACAACGAGAAAGAUCAUGAGGUUGUGGAGAAUUGCCUCAACGCAUUCGAGUGCUUCGUCUUGCGUAGCUCCAAGGAGAUGGCUCCGCACUUGGAUGAGCUCUGCGGUGUCAUCCUCAACCUUAUCUCUUACGAUCCAAACUUUUACGACUCCAGCGAUGCGCAGGAUGCAGUCAUGGAAGAGUUUGAGGAGUUUGAUGAGGAUGGCCUUGUGGAUUCUGAUGACGACGACAACUCGUGGAAGGUCCGCAGAGCUGCUUUGAAGGUGCUGGAGGCGAUGGUGAAGGGGUUGCCGGACAGGUUAGAUGAGAUCUAUACCAAAUUUGCGCAGCCUUUGAUCAAUCGCUUCAACGAGCGAGAAGAGAGUGUGAAGCUGGACGUGUUCACGACCUUUGGGGAGAUGGCACAAGCUGCUGUCAUCAAGGCACAGCCCUUUGUGUCCACAACAUCGGGCCCAGCGACAUCUUCCUCCUUCAUUUUAGAGGUGGAGCGUCCGGCAGCUCCCAAGGAGCGGCCGAACGCCCAUCAUCUGAUCGCAGUGAUGCCUUCUUGCAUGUCGCAGCUGAACAAGCAGAUGCGCUCCAAGGCUGCAAAGACACGGCAAGGUGCGCUGGCACUUCUGAGAACCUUGUCUGAAUGCAUUCCGCAGCAUGUGGAACCAAAUCUUCCUCAGGUGAAGGAUGAGCUAAUUCGCGCUAUGAAAGAGUCCAACUCUUCGAUGCGGCUGGACAGUCUGGUGCUAGUCAGGCACCUGGCGGAAAACUUCAUGACACCCAGGACAUUUCAGCAGCUGGCGCCGGAGCUUUGUCCUUUGUUCCUUGCGUGCUGCGCGGAUAGCUACUACAAGUCCAUCGCGCAGGCUCUUCGAACUAUCGGGGCCUACGUUUACACGCUUAGGCCAACUCCUGAGCAAGCCAGUCCUGAGUUGAAAGAAAUGCUGCCUGUCUACGACGUACUCAAGGCAAAGCUCCUUGCAACUGACAUUGACCAGGAGGUGAAAGAAAGUGCCCUGGAAUGCCUGGGGCACCUGGUUGCCUGCACUGGGGACCUCCCAGAGUUUCAGGCAGCGAUACAAGACUGCUUGCCUUCCUUCGUGGAAAGGAUCAAGAAUGAGGUGACCAGAUCAACAGCCAUCAAGGCAUUAAGGACCAUCUGUAUCUCAAAGGUGCAGGUUGCUGCAGUCAGCUCGAUUCUGCCAGCAGUCGGCAGCAACCUGUCGCAGUACUUGAGUCAGAACAGCCGUUCUUUCAGGCAGCAGUGCUUGGAUGCGCUCGUGCAGCUGAUCAGGAAGUACGGCAGUGCCAUGCCAACUGACACAACGAUGCAGAUUUUAGGCGACAUGGUAGCUUUCAUUACUUACACCGACCUCUACAUCACAGACCUGUGCGUGCAGAUCGCAGUUCAAGUUCUUAUCACUUCGCCGCGAAUGGCACCAACAGUGAUUGAGCGUUGUGUGCCAGCUGUGCUCACGGUGUGCCGGUCACCCUUGCUUCAGGGAAGUGCCUUGGACUCCAUUCUGAAUUUCUUGUCUCGCGUUGCCCAACACCGAGAGCAUUGCCCUUUUGAGAAGCUCCGACAGGAGCUGAGCAAUACCUCCGUCAUUGCCUCCGCACAAGCACAGGCUCAGCGACAUGUCAUCGGCACACUUGCCAAAGGACUGGCCGCAGUCACUUCGUCUUCUGCUCCAGAUGUUCAAAAGGCUGCAGUGCAGCACUUCCUGGAGAUCAUCAGGAAAACAUCAGGAAACCCGUCUCCAGAAGUCACGCACCAGUGCGAGCUCUCUCUACUGGCUUUGGGCGAGACUGGCAAGUACAUAGAUCUCUCCGGUGUUCCAGGAUUUUGUGAAGUUCUGCUGCAGCAGCUCGAAAGUCAACAGGAUGAGAUUCGAUUAGCAGCCGCAUUGGCGCUGGGGUAUGCGACAGUCGGAGCAAUGGGAACCCUGCUGAAAGUUGUCAUUGAUAACGUCCAGCAGGCUGGUUCUGAGGCUCCAGGCCAAAAGAAGCAGUACUUACUGCUGACUUCGCUUCGGGAGGUCAUUGCCAUUGGGGUCUCCCAAAGGCAAGGUUCAAGUUCUUUAGCCGAGCAUCUCAAGCCGCAUGUUCCACGAGUAUUGCCAAUUCUGCAGGAAUACGCCGACUCACAGGAGGAAAGCAUGCGGAACGUGGUCUCUGAAUCACUUGGGCACCUUCUUGCGGUUGAUCAGGAGGCAGUUAUGCAGGCGUUGUCAGCUCUGCUUUCCAAAGAUAGGGACAGCUGGCGAAUGCGCGCGGCCGCAGUGGCUUCAGUGCGCUUUGCUGCAGCCAAGCAUUGUCAGGCAUCAACCAUUCUGCCUCUAAAGGAAGCUUUGCUGAAUUGCCUUGGUGAUGAAGAGCUGCAGGUGCGAAAGGUUGCGCUGCACUCGGUCAAUGUGGUUUGUGUAUCGCCAACCUGUUCCGAAGUUCUGCAGGACAGCACAGACUUGAUACUCGACCGCAUCAAAGAGGACUCAAAGCAAAAGCCAGAGCUCAUUCGAGAGGUAGAUUUGGGGCCCUUCAAGCACAAGGUUGACGAUGGGCUGCCGCUGCGCAAGUUUGCGUACACGGUGUGCUGCUCCCUUUUGGCAGCUUAUCCAGAGCAGGUGGCGUCACCAGCUCUGAUAGAUUUGGUGCUGCAAGGAAUGGGAGACAACGAGGACAUUCAAGUGAUUUGUUGUCAGCUCUUGCAAGAUUUGUGCUCCUGGAACUUCGCACUGUUCCGAAUCAUGGGCCGCGUUGGUGAUCUAGUGGAGCCGUUCGACCGCUGCAUCAUGAGAUGGAUCAAACAGGUGCAGGCCAAACAGCAAGUUGGCCGUGCGAUGGACAUGCUGAGAUUAUAUGCAAGGACUCUGAAGGUUGUGGAGCCCAUAGCCGAGGCAAAUCAGCACAAGGCUUUCGUUGACUUCAUGGGCAGAAUUAUGAAGGACCAGGCGUUUGCUCAAGUGUAUGAGCAAGCCGCAGCUGGCAAAGACUCCCUGUGAAUCUUCGAGUGUGACGUGCUUGUGGUGUAAACCUGCGCAAUACAACCACUAGUUUCAAGCAACUAAGUGCUGACUGCCCUGUUGCCAGCUGCAUUGGUUGCA